CGUUGAUGUUCUGGCUAAUUGCCUCUUUGGGUUAGACCUGUCACUCGUUACCCAGACAUUUAUUUGCUGGAUAAAAGAUUGGCGCUAAAGGCCUAAACAAGCUAGUGUACUGGCCUUGUGCCAUAGCAUCUAUGUUUGUCAUGUUUGCUCUCCCGGACCUCUUGUCACAGGCAACCCCAUUGACCACCCUGAGCUUCAUUUCUGAUAGCUCACAUUCGCAGCAUAUGGCAAAAAGUCUAUCCAUAUUGAUGCUCUGAACAAUACACAGCUUCCCCAGAUAGUCUUGCUGGUUCUUCGAUACAUUACCCUCCACCUUGAAGCCUAUCUGAGCCAUGUCUUAUGAUGGGAGCGCAGCCUCGCCUUCGCCAGACAACUCGGAGCAUCAGGAGGUGACCGAUAUACCCAUAGCGACUCUCAUACAACACCUCGUCGAUGCCAAGAAGGCCCUGAGUUCUAUUGGAACAUUAUGGCGAGCCAACGAGAUUGUCAGCGCGGCACAGGAUGCGCUGGGAGAGAGCGUCAUCUUGACCGCGAGGACAGCCUUUCUACGGACGGGGAUAUCACAGCAGGUCAGGCUACUCGAGAAGGUCCGGAGUGGGAUUCAGGUCGUCUACGAUGAUGGACAGGCCGAUUUUGAGAACGUUAUCAAGAACCUCGAUGACGCCGACGACCGCCUAAAAAAGACCAUGUCCACCCUCCGCACCACCAUCGUCGCCUCCGCCCUCCGCCCCCCCUCCGAACCCCCCCGCUCCCUCCUCGACUUCAUCGACGAAAACGCCAUCGAAGCCACCCGCUCCGCUCUCAAAAACACAAUCGACCUCACCCAAUCCGCGCGCUCCUCCUUCGCCUCCUCAAUCCGCACCUUCGAUACCUCGCGCCAGGCUCUCAAAUCCGCCAUCUCCUCCGCCCCCGCCCCAACACCCGCACACUCCUCCCCCAUCCCCCCGCUCCUCCACGACCUCCGCAACCAUGCCGCUGAAAUGGCACUCCUCCUCGAAUCACUCACCUCCCACUUCGACCUCUGCGCCAAAGCAGUCAAGCACACCGAGGGCGGCUUCCUCGCUCUCAAAGCCGCGGCCUCAAACAACCAGCUCCCCGCCGGCGUCACCGUCUCAGGCGUCAUCCCCUCCCCCGCCGCCUCCUCACACCUAACCCCCAUAUCCCCAGCCGAGCGCUCAGCCAUGCUCCGCGUCCUCGCCGCCGACGCCACUGAACUCCCCGCCGUAGUGCAAGACCUCGACCUCCGCCUCCAAGAAAUGGAAGCCCUCCUCCCCCACAUCUCUCACCACGUCUCCGCCGCCCGCUCCGCCUACACCGCCACCACCGCCGCCUUCAGCAUGCUCGAGCACCUCGCCGCGUCCCUCCCCUCCUACAUCGCCGCCAGCACAUCCUUCGCUUCCGCCUGGCAAUCCGCCAAAGCCGCUCUAAACGACCAAGCGGAUGAGUUAACGAACAUGCGUACCUUCUACGACGGUUACCUCGCCUCCUACGACGGGCUUGUCCUCGAAGUCGCGCGUCGUCACGGCGCGGAGAGGAAGAUGAAAAACGUGCUUGCGAAGGCGAUGGAGCAGGUUGAGCGGCUGAGAGAGGCGGAUACGGCGGAGAGGAAAGCGUUUAGGAGGGAGGUGGGGGCGUUUUUGCCGAGUGAUCUUUGGGAGGGGUUGGUGGGGGAUGCGCCGAGGUGGGAGGUGGGGGUGUUUGAGGAGGGGGGAGGGAGUACGCCGGGGUUGGAGAGGGGGAUUGUGGAGGGGUCGUUGGGGAGGGAGAGGGAGAGGAGGGGGGGGAGGGAAUAG